CUACAUUGCACCACCACGUUCUUCCUUUCAGUCGCCGCCAUUAUGAGUACUCUAAGAUUACAGAAGCGGCUGGCAGCUAGUCUGCUCAAGUGUGGCAAAAAGAAGAUCUGGCUCGACCCCAAUGAGUGCAAUGAGAUUGCAAAUGCUAACUCUCGACAGAAUGUUCGUAAGCUCAUCAAGGAUGGUCUCAUCAUCAAGAAGCCCGAGAUUGUCCACAGCCGCGCCCGUGUUCGCAAAGCCGACGAGGCCAGGAGCAAGGGACGCCACAGUGGUCAUGGCAAGCGCAAAGGUACAGCCAAUGCCCGUAUGCCCCAGAAGACCAUCUGGAUCCGGCGUAUGCGCGUGCUGAGACGGCUGUUGAGGAAGUACCGUGAGGCAAAAAAGAUUGACAAUCACAUGUACCACUCUCUCUACAUGAAGUCCAAGGGUAAUGUGUUCAAGAACAAGAGAGUUCUCAUGGAGUACAUUCACAAGAAGAAGGCUGAGAAGGCCCGAUCCAAGCUGCUCAGUGACCAAGCCGAAGCUCGUCGUAACAAGAACAAGGCGGCCAAGCAGAGGCGUGAUGAUCGCAUGGAGCAGAAGAGGAAAGACAUGCUCUCUGCCUACGCCAAGGAGGAGGAGGCUGCCAAAUAGAGCUUUGAAUGCCACUGUAAACACCCUUGUGCAAUAAAUUCCCAGUUAAUUGUGA